AUGGAGAACGCCGCAACCUCUGAAGGGAAAGACCCUUCUGUCUUUCUGAGUGAGAUCAUCGGUGCGCCUGUGAUCGUGAAGCUGAAUUCUGGAGUGGUAUACAAGGGUGAACUGCAAUCAGUUGAUGGCUACAUGAACAUUGCCCUUGAAAAGACUGAAGAAUACGUGAAUGGAAAACUACGACGAAACUACGGGGAUGCUUUCGUGCGCGGAAACAACGGUUUGUCAAUCCUUUCUUGUCUUCCAAUCCUAUGGCUAGUGCGACAGCUUUCUGACUAG